AUUUGGAUUUAUAAAAGACGACCCGUCUGUUUUCGUCGUUGUUCACGUCUUCUCCAAAUCUUCACCGCUCUUUCUCUCUCUCCUUCUCUGUUUUCUCUCUCUAGAAAAAGUGGAAUUUUGAUCGAUCUGUGAGGGUUUGAUUUUCUGGACGGUUUGGAUCGGGCGAAGAUGUCUUCGCUGAGCAGAGAACUUGUUUUUCUGAUACUUCAGUUCUUGGAUGAAGAGAAAUUCAAGGACACUGUUCACAGGUUGGAGAAAGAGUCGGGGUUCUUCUUCAAUAUGAGGUAUUUUGAGGAUUGUGUCACUAAUGGUGAAUGGGAUGAGGUUGAGAAUUAUCUAUCUGGCUUCACAAAGGUGGACGACAACAGAUACUCCAUGAAGAUUUUCUUUGAAAUUAGAAAGCAGAAAUACCUUGAAGCACUAGACAAGCAUGAUCAUGCUAAGGCUGUGGACAUUCUUGUGAAGGACUUGAAAACUUUUUCUACUUUCAAUGAGGAACUUUUUAAGGAAAUCACACUUCUCCUAACUCUGGGAAACUUUAGGGAAAAUGAACAGCUAUCCAAGUAUGGGGACACCAAGACUGCUAGGGGUAUAAUGCUUCUUGAGCUUAAAAAAUUAAUCGAGGCAAAUCCUCUUUUCCGUGAUAAGCUUCAGUUUCCUGGCUUAAAAAAUUCAAGGCUGCGGACACUAAUCAAUCAGAGUUUAAAUUGGCAGCACCAGCUUUGCAAAAAUCCCAGGCCAAAUCCUGACAUAAAAACUCUCUUUACAGACCAUACUUGUGGGCAACCAAAUGGAUCUCGGGCUCCUUCCCCUGCCACUAGUUCUUUAAUGGGUUCAAUUCCUAAAGUAGGUGGUUUUCCACCUCUGGGUGCUCAUGGUCCUUUUCAGUCUGCACCAGCACCAGCACCAACACCUCUCACUCCUCCCCUCGCAGGAUGGAUGACAAAUCCGGCCUCUGUGCCUCACCAGACAGUUUCUGCUGGGCCUCUAGGUUUAACUGUUCCUAGUAAUGCAGCAUCUAUGCUAAAGCAUCCUAGGACUCCUUCCACCAAUAAUAAUCUGGCCAUGGAUUAUCAAACAGCAGAUUCUGAACAUAUGCUAAAGAGAUCAAGGCCCUUUGGAAUAUCAGAUGAGGCCAAUAACAUGCCUGUUAAUAUUUUGCCAAUUUCAUACCCUGGACAGAGCCAUACCCAUACGUUAUACUCUUCCAAUGACUUGCCCAAGACUGUUGUUGGGAAAUUAGCUCAGGGUUCUGCUGUUAGGAGCAUGGAUUUUCAUCCAAUACAGCACACUCUGCUUCUUGUUGGGACAAAUAUUGGUGAUAUCACAAUAUGGGAAGUAGGUGGAGGGGCCAGGCUUGUUUUGAAAAAUUUCAAGGUUUGGGAUCUGGGAUCAUGUUCAGUGACUCUGCAGACUUCUUUGGCCAAUGAAUCUGCUGCAUCAGUAAACCGUGUGACAUGGAGCCCCGAUGGCAGCAUUUGUGGUGUUGCCUACUCCAAGCACAUCGUUCACAUAUUUUCUUAUUAUGGUGGUGAUGAUUUACGGAACCACUUGGAGAUUGAAGCUCAUAUUGGUAAUGUUAGUGAUCUUGCUUUCUCUCAACCUAACAAACAGUUGUGCAUCAUCACUUGUGGGGAGGACAAGACAAUUAAGGUUUGGGAUGUUGUCACCGGUUCCAAGCAGUACACUUUUGAUGGUCAUGAGGCACCUGUUUACUCUGUGUGCCCACAUUACAAAGAAAACAUUCAGUUCAUCUUUUCAACAGCUAUAGAUGGAAAGAUUAAGGCAUGGUUAUAUGAUAACUUGGGUUCAAGAGUUGACUACGAUGCACCAGGUCAUUCCUGCACAAUGAUGGCCUAUAGUUCUGAUGGGACAAGGCUGUUCUCAUGUGGAACUAAUAAAGAAGGAGAAUCAUACAUAGUUGAAUGGAAUGAAAGUGAAGGGGCUGUCAAGCGGACAUACCAUGGCCUCGGGAAGCGGUCUGUAGGAGUUGUGCAGUUUGAUACGACUAAGAACCGAUUCUUGGUUGCUGGUGAUGAGUACUUGAUAAAAUUCUGGGAUAUGGACAAUAUUGGCAUGUUGAUGAGCACUGAUGCAGAUGGUGGAUUACCGGCUUCUCCUUGCAUUCGGUUUAAUAAGGAAGGGACACUGUUGGCUGUCUCCACAAAUGAAAAUGGGAUUAAAAUACUUGCUAAUGCGGAUGGGGUUCAGCUUGUUCGAUUGAUUGAAAGUCGUGCACAUGAUGCUUCAAGAUCUGCAUCUGGAACAGUUGCUAAAGGACCUGUAAUGGGCACAUAUGGUGCUUCCAGCUCGGCUGCCGGAACAAGCAUUGGGGAUAGAAGUGCAAUAGUUCCAGCAAUGGUUGGACUGAAUGGAGAUAGCCGAAGUAUGCCUGAUGUUAAACCUAGAAUCCUUGAUGAUUCAGAUAAGUCUAAGGUUUGGAAGCUGACUGAAAUCAAUGAACCAUCCCAAAUUCACUCCCUGAGGCUUCCUGAUACCUUAUUGGCAGUAAGGAUUAUUAGGUUAAUUUAUACAAACUCAGGAAGUGCCAUAUUGGUAUUGACUUAUAAUGCUGUGCACAAACUCUGGAAAUGGCAGAGGAAUGAGCGGAACCCAACAGGAAAGGCAUGUACUAGUGUAUCUCCCCAGUUAUGGCAACCUUCUAGUGGAAUAUUAAUGACUAAUGACAUUAGUGAGACAAAUCUUGAGGAUGCUGUUCCAUGCUUUGCACUUUCUAAGAAUGAUUCUUAUGUCAUGUCAGCAUCUGGAGGAAAAAUUUCUUUAUUCAAUAUGAUGACUUUCAAGACGAUGACAACAUUCAUGCCCCCCCCACCAGCAGCGACAUUUCUUGCCUUCCAUCCGCAAGAUAAUAACAUUAUAGCCAUAGGCAUGGAGGAUUCUUCAAUUCAAAUCUACAAUGUCCGGGUUGAUGAGGUCAAAAGCAAGCUCAAAGGUCAUCAGAAGAAAGUAACUGGCCUUGCUUUCUCUAAUGUUCUAAAUGUGUUAGUAUCAUCGGGAGCUGAUGCUCAGUUGUGUGUCUGGAGCACAGAUGCGUGGGAGAAGCAGACCAGUAAAUUCUUGCAGAUUCCAAAUGGGCGAGUGCCGGCACCAAAUACACAGACCCGUGUUCAAUUUCACCAAAAUCAGACCCAUGUGUUGGUUGUCCAUGAAACACAGAUAGCUAUAUAUGAAGCACCAAGGCUAGAAUGCCUUAUGCAGUGGGUUCCCCGAGAACCGAGUAGCUCAAUCACAGAUGCCACAUAUUCUUGUGAUAGUCAGUCAAUCUUUAUAAGCUUUGAAGAUGGAAGUUUAAGUGUUCUCACUGCUGCAACACUCAGGUUGAGGUGUAAGAUUAAUCCUUCUGCCUAUUUGCCGUCUAAUCCCAGCAUGAGGGUAUAUCCACUCGUGGUUGCGGGCCAUCCAUCUGAGCCUAAUCAGUUUGCAGUGGGAUUGACUGACGGUGGAGUCCAUGUUCUGGAGCCUUUGGAAUCAGAGGGUAGAUGGGGCAUCCCCCCACCACUUGAAAAUGGUGCAGGACCCAGUGUGACCUCUGCUCCAGCCAGCUCAGAUCAACAGCCAAGGUAAUAGUGGUAGGGUAAUGGCUUUUGACUAACAAGUGCGUGCAUACGUAUCCUCGAGGGACCCGUUUUAUUUUAAAGACGGGUACUCUUUAAGGUAUUUCAGAUAGUUGGGGAUGGACACGCCCCGCUCAGUUGAUAGGGUCGUCGUCAACCUGGGGUUAAGACUUAAGACUUGAGGCAAAGCCCCCCGUACAUAUAAUGAAUGACAGCAGAUAAUGUAGAAAGUGUUGACAUGAAUGUAGAAGGGAAGGAAAGGGGUAUGGCAGGAGAGUAGGUUUAUAUUUGAAUAAUGAGUCGUGUCACUUAUGGGGACUGAAUAAUGGAUUUGCCUUGUUAAGACAUCUGCAUGUUUUCUCAUGUACUGGCAAUAUCUGUUACUUUGUAGUCGUUUCUAUAUCAGAGUCUCACUCUUUCAUGCCCCUCCCAUGAAUUCAAAUUAUUGCAACCUGUAAUUGUUGAUGAUGAUAAAGGCUACUGAAGGGAUGUGUAUAUAAUAUACGCCAGGAGUUGCAUUAUGCUCUCCUUCGUUAAAAUCUUUUA